GUUCCCGGCGGUGACCAGGUUGAGCAGAGCUUACCUCCUGCUUGGCUUGGUCUCACCGCUGGGGUCCCCCCUCGUCUCGAGCUGCAUUGUGCAGUAAGGUGUUACUCUGUUCCACUUACUGUACACGGUGCUUCAGAGUCUUUUUGCCUGAGUACCGUACAUCUUUGCACACGUGUCGGCAUACUAUUCAUUUCUGCUGCGGUAUUCUGCAUGAUCGAGUGCUCUCCAUCGUGCACACACUGUCUGUUCUGUGCUGUCUCAUUGCGUCUAUUCAUUCAGUGCUUCAUUCAGUGUUUCAUUCAGUGAGCUCACUAUUCUGCAUUCAGUUGUUGCAUUCAGUGCUUCAUUCAGUGUUGCAUUUACUGCUCUCUAUCUGCACAAUGGCCGACGCUCGGAUGUCUGAUGCCGACGUCAAUGAUCGGAAACGGAGGCGUGAUUUGGAAAUGGCAGAGGAGAGAGCCAACGAGUUGCAGCAACGUCAGGUGAUCCUCAGUCAAUCUAGUGAUUCUGGUUUCAAGGCUUUCCUGGAAUGGACAUUCGACAAAGAUGAUCGAUCAAAACGUGAGAGUGAGGAGAGCCGUCAAUUACUUCAGACCCUUCAUGAGAAGACGGAUAAAGCGGAGAAGGCAGUUGUUGAUCUUCAAAAGCAACAGCAUGCUGAUUCUGCGCGUAUCACGGCUCUUGAGCAGCAGAUGAAAAACGGUCCUCCUUCCCUCGGGGGUGCUUCGACUCGCUCGGGUGCCCCAUUGGACUUUGCGCCAUCUUUCGUAGAAGCUUACGGAUGGG